AUGUUGAGAGUGGAGGUACCAGCUCCCUCAGGACAGGAGUGGUGUUUCCAGUGCUCAGUAGGGGUGGACUGUAGUGACCCGGAACCUCGCUGUAUCUGGUUGGCGGUGUUAAGAAGCAUUACCCUACAUGCUACCACCAGCACCACCACUCCACCCCGUGCCUCUCCCCGACCCUCCACCCCACCCCGCGCCUCUCCGCGACCCAGACGAAGGGUGCCCAGGAGGGUCUUACCGCGCCUUCGCUUGUCCUGGGUAAGAAAGAGAGACUCCACUGGGAAAUCUCCAAUCUGGCGUGUUCAACUCAACAUAGAAAGAUAGAAACAUAGAAAGGCUGUGACAAAGAUGUGUCUUUGGGUGUCGGGUUGUUGGGUGUUUGUCUGGUUGAUGUUCAAGGAUUUGUGGCAAAUAAUAUUUGCCACACAAAUGUGUCUUUGUGACCGGCUGUUAUGCAAUAUGACAAAAGAAACAAUUAUAUUUCAGAGAGACAGCAAGAGAUGUUCUAAUUAUAAUUAUAAAUAAGGUGGUUCGAGCCCUGAAUGCUGAUUGACUGUUCAGACCGUAUACCACGGGUAUGACAAAAAAAAAAAAAUUAUGUUCUAAUUACGUUGGUAACCAGUUUAUAAUAGCAAUAAGGCACCUCUGGGGUUUGUGGUAUAUGGCCAAUAUAUCACGGCUAAAGGCUGUAUCCAGGCACUCCGUUGUGCCUAAGAACAGACCUUAGCCGUGGUAUAUUGGCCAUAUACCACACCCCCUCGUGCCUUAUUGCUUAAUUGUAGGAUGACAGCCAUUUUCAUUUGUGAAAGAAGUUCAGCACCUUACUAGUGGGUAGUCCACAAUGGCCUGUAGCAAAAGGCUGUAUUCAUUGGAGGAUCCGUCAUCUCUCCAUCUGCUGAUUAUCGUUAGAUUUAUUAAGCACUUACACCAAUCCAGAAUUGACAUGUGUUAUUUUAGAAAGGGUAAUGUAUAAUGUAGAGGCUUGAUAGAGGCUAGAGAGUAAAUGAGAGUGCAAUAGAAUAUACAAACGUUGUUUUAUAGAAUGAAUUCGUAUAAUAUUAACACAUCCAAUCCAAUCCUAAUGCUCAGUACUGUAAAUCUGACCCUCAGUGUAAUUAAGUAUCAACUCCAUUACGAAAAUGCGGCCUCCUACGCAUACAAUGAGGUUUCUCACUGUGAUCUUUCUACUUGUAAUGUUUCCAUUGAGUUUCCAUGAUAUAAGAUAGCAUUAAUAAUUUAAUAUGGACUUUGUCUUCUGCAGCUCAGUAGGUCUGUGUGUGUGUGUCUUCUUGUGUGUGUAUUUGUUUGUGUGUGGGGGGGGGGCACAGUGUCACUCCUGCCUACUGUAUGUCUUAUGUAAUGGAGUGCUGUGGGGGCAUGUUGACUAACGGAGGGGAAGGAGAUCGGAGCAAUGCUUUCGUCGCCCAGCACAGUACAUAUUUAUACAUUGGUGUGUGUGCAUGUGUGUGUGUGGUAUGUAUAUGUGAGUGUAUGAGGGUGUAGGUUGGAGUGUCAUCUGUUCUGCUCGAGUGAUGCAUCAUCAAGGUGUCUGUGUAUGUGAGCGCGUAGGUUGGAAUGUGGUGUUCUCUUCUCAAGUAUGCAUCAAAGAUCUAGCAAAUGCUGUGAUCAUCAAAGCCCUUGCCUGAGUAAUGGACAAUCAGGGGCAUUAACACAUGUUAAAAGGAAAUGUGUGUGUGUGUGAUGUGUGUGUGCACAUGCAUUAAUUUGCUGGUUCGCUCAUGUGUGUGUGCGUGUGUGUGUGUAAAACAAUUUGACAGACAUACGAAGUCAAACCGUGUUUGACCUCCACUCGUCUCGAGGAUGUUCACAGCCUAUAGGGGAAGUGACGUCAUAGUUACACAUCACGUAACACUUCGUUGACAAGCAGCUAAUCUUAUGUCUCAGUUAUUGAUAGAGGUGGGAUAAUUCAGGACAGUGUGUAAAGGAGACUGUGGCAUUGGCGGCUUUUCAUGCCCAGGUGUGUGUGUGUGUGCGUGCGUGUAUGUGCAUGUGGGCGGGUAUAUAUUAGGGAGUGUAUAUGUACACUACUGGUCAAACAUUUUAGAACACCUACUCAUUCAAGGGUUUUUCUUUAUUUUUACUAUUUUCUACAUUGUAGAAUAAUAGUGAAGACAUCAAAACUAUGAAAUGACACAUACAUAUGAAAUAACACAUAUGGAAUCAUGUAGUAACCAAAAAAAGGUUAAACAAAUCUAAAUAUAUUUUAUAUUUGAGAUUCUUCUACCCCCAAAAAAAAAUUACAAUAAAAUAUUUUGUUUUUGUUUUUUAAGAUUGCCACCCUUUGCCUCGAUGACAGCUGUGCACACUCUUGACAUUCUCUCAACCAGCUUCAUGAGUUAGUCAACUGGAAUGCAAUUCAAUUAACAGGUGUGCCUUCUUAAAAGUUAAUUUGUGGAAUUUAUUUCCUUCUUAAUGCGUUUGAGCCAAUCAGUUGUGUUGUGAAAAGGUAGGGGGUUAUACAGAAGAUAGCCCAUAUUAUGGCAAGAACAGCUCAAAUAAGCAAAGACAAACGACAGUCCAUCAUUACUUCAAGACAUGAAGGUCAGUCAAUACGGAACAUUUCAAGAACUUUGAACGUUUCUUCAAGUGCAGUCGCAAAAACGCGCUAUGAUGAAACUGGCUCUCAUGAGGACCGCCACAGGAAUGGAAGACCCAGAGUUACCUCUGCUGCAGAGGAUAAUUUCAUUAGAGUUACCAGGCUCAGAAAUUGCGGCCAAAAUAAAUGCUUCAGAGUUCAAGUAACAGACACAUCUCAACAUCAACUGUUCAGAGGAGACUGUGUGAAUCAGGCCUUCGUGGUUGAAACCACUAGUGAAGGACACCAAUAAAAAGAAGAGACUUGCUUGGGCCAAGAAACACGAGCAAUGGACAUUAGACCGGUGGCAAUUUGUCCUUUUGUCCUUUGGUCUGGAGUCCAAAUUUGAGAUUUUUGGUUCCAACCGCUAUGUCUUUGUGAGACGCAGUGUGGGUUACACUUAACCAGCAUGGCUACCACAGCAUUCUGCAGUGAUACGCCAUCCCAUCUGGUUUGGGCUUAGUGGGACUAUCAUUUGUUUUCCAACAGGACAAUGAUCCAACACACCUCCAGGCUGUGUAAGGGCUAUUUUACCAAGAAGGAGAGUGAUGGUGCUGCAUCAGAUGACCUGGCCUCCGCAAUCCCCCGACCUCAACCAAAUUGAGAUGGUUUGGGAUGAGUUGGACCACAGAGUCAAGGAAAAGCAGCCAACAAGUGCUCAGCAUAUGUGGGAACUCUUUCAAGACUGUUGGAAAAGCAUUCCAGGUGAAGCUGGUUGUGAGAAUGCCAAGAGUGUGCAAAGCUGUCAUCAAGGCAAAGGGUGGCUAUUUGAAGAAUCUCAAAUAUAAAAUAUAUUUUGAUUUGUUUAACACUUUUUUGGUUACUACAAGAUUCCAUAUAUGUUAUUUCAUAGUUUUGAUGUCUUCACUAUUAUUCUACAAUGUAGAAAACAGUAAAAAUAAAGAAAAACCCUUGAAUGAGUAGGUGUUCUAAUACUUUUGACCGGUAGUGUAUAUGAGAGUGUGUGUGUAUGCUUGUGCAAGUUGUGAGUGGCGCAGUGGUCUAAGGCACUGCAUAGCAAUGCUAACUGUGCCACUAGAGAUCCUGGUUCGAAUCCAGGCUCUGUCGCAGCCGGCCGCGACCGGGAGACUCAUGGGCGGCGCACAAUUGGCCCAGCGUCGUCCAGGGUAGGGGAGGGAAUGGCCGGCAGGGAUGUAGCUCAGUUGAUAGAGCAUGGCGUUUGCAACGCCAGGGUUGUGGGUUCGAUUCCCACGGGGCCAGUAUAAAAAAAAAAAUGUAUUCACUAACUGUAAGUCGCUCUGGAUAAGAGCGUCUGCUAAAUGACUAAAAUGUAAAUGUAAAUGUUGUGCUAGCAUCUCACACCCCAGUGUGUGUGCUUACAUGCACUUGCAUGUGAACUGUGAGGGAUUCUGACAUACAUUAAAACCACAGUAUGUAGCAGGUUGACGUUCUUUGGGAUGAGUCGAUUUCCGCUAGAUGGGCCAGCUGCGAAGUCAAAAUUGCAUGUGUGUGUACUCUACAUAGAUCCAGAAGGAAUGUUCCUUAAUAUUAGUAUUAUGAGUCAAUUCUAAGACUCCUUACUGAGAAUGUGAUUUCUAUCCUACCAAGCAUCCAGUCUUUGUCUUAACUUUCCUUCACAGUCCUAUACCACUACAGCAUAUUUCCACUUCCUUACAAAACAACACAUAGCAUUUCAUAAAGGACUAUUACAGAUAGGAAGUCAACAGAAUAAUUCAACUUGUCAAUGUGGAUCCGGGCAUUCCAGAUGCUUGAAUGCUAGUCACAAUGUUGGGCUGGGGUAUGAAGAGAGGGGUGUUGCAAUGGAAAUGGAGCCCCCAUCGGAAAGAGAGUCCCCCUCCCUGCCACCCACACACAUACUCACACAAAUACACGCAGACACACACACACACACAAACACACACACACACACACACACACACACAUAGUCCCCUCCCUAGCCACUCUAUUCUUAGAGGCAAAGGAUUCCCUGAAUCCCCAAAUGGGCCAGUUAGCUCAGGCACCAUGCCUCACUUCCUGUUCAAGGCUCUCCACUUCCUGUUGUUGCGGUGCGGUGCAGUGUUGCCUGUCCUUGUGAGUUCAUGGGGGAGGGGGGAGGCGGGGGAGUGGAGAAAGGAGACAGGAGGGAGUAUAGGAAGUCAAGGGCAGGGUGGGAUGAAGAAGGAAGAGGGCCGAAGGUUAUCAGGAGAGGUCGCGUGAUAAGAUAAAGACGCUAGCUAGACACUAAAACGCUAAGUCUGCUGUAUGGUGCCUGAGCUAGGUUUUUCCAAAUAUUACUUAGGUCUAAGCGGGGUGAAGGUAGGUAUCCCCCUGCCAAUCUCAGUUUCUACAUAUCUAAAUUUUAAAACCGUUUUCAAUAGAAUAUGUUGCUGUUGGACUUGGAAGUCCUGGAUGCUGCAUACAGUACAUUUGGAAAGUAUUCAGACCCCUUGACUUUUUCCACAUUUUGUUACGUUACAGCCUUAUUCUAAAAUGGAUUAAAUAAAAACAUUUCCUCAUCAAUCUACACACAAUACCCCAUAAUGACAAAGCAAAAACAGGUUUUUAAAAACAGAAAUACCUUAUUUACAUAAGUAUUCAGACCCUUUACUAUGAGACUCGAAAUUAAGCUCAGAUGCAUCCUGUUUCCAUUGAUUAUCCUUGAGAUGUUUCUACAACUUGAUUGGAGUCCUGUGGUUAAUUCAAUUGAUUGGAGAUUAUUUGGAAAGGCACACAUCUGUCUAUAUCAGGUCCCACAGUUGACAGUGCAUGUCAGAGCAAAAACCAAGCCAUGAGGUCGAAGGAAUUGUCCGUUGAGCUCCGAGACAGGAUUGUGUCGAGGCACAGAUCUAGGGAAGGGUACCAACACAUUUCUGCAGCAUUGAAGGUCCCCAAGAACACAGUGGCCUCCAUCAUUCUUAAAUGGAAGAAGUUUGGAACCACCAAGACUCUUCCUAGAGCUGGCCACCCUGCCAAACUAAGCAUUCGGGGGAGAAGGGCCUUAGUCAGGGAGGUGACCAAGAACCUGACAUUCCAGAAGGACAACCAUCUCUGCAGGACUCCACCAAUCAGGCCUUUAUGGUAGAGUGGCCAGACGGAAGCCACUCCUCAGUAAAAGGCACAUGAAAUCCUGUUUGGAGUUUGCCAAAAGGCACCUAAAGACUCUCAGACCAUGAGAAACAAGAUUCUCUGGUCUGAUGAAACCAAGAUUGAACUCUUUGGCCUGAAUGCCAAUCGUCAUGUCUGGAGGAAACCUGGCACCAUCCCUACGAUGAAGCAUGGUGGUGGCAUUAUCAUGCUGUGGGGAUGUUUUUCAUUGGCAGAGACUGGGAGACUAGUCAGGAUCGAGGGAAAGAUGAACGGAGUAAAGUACAAAGAGAUCCUUGAUGAAAACCUGCUACAGAGUGCUCAGGACCUCAGACUGGGGUGAAGGUUCACCUUCCAAACGGACAACGACACUAAACACACAGCCAAGACAACGCAGGAGUGGCUUCGGGACAAGUCUCUGAAUGUCCUUGAGUGGCCCAGCCAGAGCCUGGACAUGAACCCGAUCGAACAUCUCUGGAGAGACCUGGAAAAUAGCUGUGCAGCGACACUCCCCGUUCAACUUGACAGAGCUUGAGAGGAUUUGCAGAGAAGAAUGGGAGAAAUUCCCCAAAUACAGGUGUGCCAAGCUUGUAGCGUCAUACCCAAGAAGACUCAAGGCUGUAAUCGCUGCCAAAGGUGUUUCAACAAAGUACUGAGUAAAGGGUCUGAAUACUUAUGUAAAUGAGAUAUUUCCGUUUUUUUUAUUUGUAAUACAUUUGCAAGAAUGUCUAAAAACCAGUUUUUGCUUUGUGAUUAUGGGGUAUUGUGUGUAGAUUGAUGAGGGGAGAAAAACCAUUUUUGAAUAAGGCUGUAACGUAACAAAAUGUGGAAAAAGUCAAGGGGCUGAAUACUUUCCAAAUGCACUGUAUAUGGACCACCAGUGUAUCCCCAAAGUGUUACAGCCACAAAGACUCCAAACACAUAAAAGGGGCGUGAGUGUUAUUAUUCUUCAGGUGUGUGUAUGUGUGUUUGCGCACGCGCGUGCAUGGUCAUGCGUGCCUAACGUACGUGUGUGUGUGUGUGUGUGUGUGUGUGUGUCGUGAUAAAGUCCUGUUGUUCCAUAAGUGUUAGAUAUAAAUACCCACUUCAACUUGUAUUUUUAUCCCUCCAUUGUGUGGCAGGUGAUUAUGGGAGAGGUGGGUCGUUAAAAUAGAUAUUAUUCCUGAGAGAGAGAAAGGGAAGUUUCUUCCAUAUUUCAGGCAUUGGUGGAAUUCCGGAAUUCUGGGUGGAGUUAGUGUUCCUAGCCUGGUUCCAAACCUGUUUGUGUAGUAUAUAGCUAACUCUUAUCGCCAAAAGAAACUUCUCUAAUGUUUCACACUAAAGCGAUGCAUUUCUCACUGACAUGGAGGAAAUGUUUGGACUCACUGAGAUCACAGUUCACACUUCACCCUCAGCUCACUUUACCUAACUUACUCUGACAUUUUGCUCACAUAUUGAAAUCACUGAUACAUUUCAAAGUGAUACUAAUUAAUUGAAUAGCUAAUAUUGAGUUUUAACCCUUUUCUAACAUCUUCCUUACCUGUGUCCCUCAUAGGCUAAAGGGCGGAGAGAUGGCGUCCUGUCAUCCAAUGAGAACACUCGGUCGCUGUCGUCGGGCGAGGUUGAGGGCGUGGCGUGGCAGGGCCCUUGUACGGUGCUCCUGCAGAAGAACUCCCAGGGCUUCGGCUUCACGCUACGCCACUUCAUUGUGUACCCGCCAGAGUCCUCCCUCCACAACAACCUCAAGGUAACAAUGGUUCAUAGCCCCCACGAUGGAAUGCUACAUUCAGAUUUCACUACCAAGCGAGCGCUGAUCUGCUAAUCUCCAGUAGUGUAGAGGUUAAUUGUGUCUCAUGACCAAAUUAAGAGGGGUCGUGAAGUCACAGAAUUACAGGUGUGUGUGUGUGUGUUACUAUAACAGUUUUCAACUUAUGGGGGUGUCCUGACCAAUGGUCACCAACCAGUGGAAGAAAAGCCCACACAUCCUGUAGCUCCCCAGGACCAGGGUUGGGGACCACUGACCUACAGGGAGAGGAGAGAAGAGAGGAACAGAGAAGAGAUGAGAGAUGAGAGAGUAUAAUAGAAGAGGCAGAGGGGGUAAAAGAGGAGAGGAGGAGACGUGAGGAGGAGAAGAGAGAAGAGGAGGGAAUAUGUUAAACAGAAGAUGAGAGGAGGGCAAGAGAGGAGAGUAGAGUGCAAGCAGAACAGGAGAUGAGAAGGUAAAUAGAAGAGGAGAUGAGAAGGUAAAUAGAAGAGGAGAUGAGAAGGUAAAUAGAAGAGGAGAUGAGAAGGUAAAUAGAAGAGGAGAUGAGAAGGUAAAUAGAAGAGGAGAUGAGAAGGUAAAUAGAAGAGGAGAUGAGAAGGUAAAUAGAAGAGGAGAUGAGAAGGUAAAUAGAACAGGAGAUGAGAAGGUAAAUAGAAGAGGAGAUGAGAAGGUAAAUAGAAGAGGAGAUGAGAAGGUAAAUAGAAGAGGAGAUGAGAAGGUAAAUAGAAGAGGAGAUGAGAAUGUAAAUAGAACAGGAGAUGAGAAGGUAAAUAGAAGAGGAGAUGAGAAGGUAAAUAGAAGAGGAGUAGAGGAUGAUAAAGGGAAGAAGAGGAGAAAGGUGGUAGUAUCACUGGUUCCUACUCCAGGGUAUCUAGGUCUCUAUUCUGUGGCUGUAAAGCCCAGGUCAUUGUCUGUCUGACUGGAAUGAGCUCUGUCAGCGAAGCCUGAAAAGCCCAUGGCCAGUAAGUCAGCCGGCUAGACCCAAACUGCCCAGUCAGCUGGGGCCUGUGUGUUUGUGAGGGUGGGUGGGUGGUUGGAGUAGGGGGUGGGUUAUUAUGUGUUUGUGUUUGUGUGUGUGUUUGUGUUUGUGUGUGUGUGUGUAUCAGAGAGAGAUGAACUGUGCAUGUGUGUUUGCAUCUGUGUGUGUGUAUGUGUGCAUGUGUGUGUGAUAAAUUGAGUUAAACUAUGUGAGCAUAUGCUGGCUCAUGAGUGUUUUUGUCACUGUCAAUCAAUUUCUGUGUGUUACUAUGGUGAGGCACAUUUAGAAGGUGUGUGUUAAUGCAUUUGUAGCCACACAACAGCUAAUCUCUCUGACUGCCUGGGGGAGAUGGCAUCUCCUUGUGGUAGAGCCACAAAACAACUGGUCUGGUUGGUCUCUGUUCACUAGUUUUCUAGGUUUCUCACUUGUCUUCCUCUCCUUUCUCUGCAGGAUGAGGAGAAUGGAAACGGCAAUGGAAAAGGUGAGGGUUUUUCAUGUGUCAUCAUACAUUCCUUUGGUGUGGAUGUUUACAAGUUUAUGAAUCUGUGUUUAAAAAAAAAAGUAUGAAUAUAUGCCAUGUUUGUGUGUCCCAGGUUGUCAAAGGGGUCGUCUGGAGCCCAUGGACACCAUCUUUGUAAAGAGUGUGAGGGAGAAAAGCCCUGCCCACCAAGCUGGCCUGUGUACAGGGGACAGACUGGUAAAGGUGAAUGGGGAGAGUGUAUUGGGGAAGACCUACUCUCAGGUGAUCGCAUUGAUCCAAAACAGGUGAGACACUCACGCAGGCACCUACACACGCGAUAUGACACAUUAUAUAAUACUUAUUACAUAACAUUACACAAUGUCCCAUUAGUUUACUAUCUCUCCUAUAUCCCUCUUUCAGCGAGAAUGUUCUGGAGCUCUGCAUCAUGCCAAAAGAUGAGGAUGUGUUGCAGUUGGUAAGUGUGAGUAUGAGAUUUCUUCUUCUUUCCCUCCUCUCCUCCUUCCCACACAUCAAAUUAUUUAUAAUCAUAGGCCAAUAAAAAUACACCUCACAAUCACAAAGCAAUUUGGCUUGGUGAAGAGUAUUGAGUUAGUAGUAAUGUAUAGACACUCACAAACAUUUCAUAUAAUUCCAGUGCUGAACUAUCCCUACCGGAUAUACAAUAAUUACACAAUAACACGUUUUCAUUGUAAUAUGUAAAAAAUGCAUUCCACCCGCCUUUGCUUUCACAAACACCUGACAAGCUAGUUUGGAGUGGAUUUUUUGUUCCUGAAUACAUUUCAAAUGUAUUGGAAACAGGUUAUCAAAUCAUGUCACUUGCCAUGGAACAUGUUAGAAUAGCAAACGGAAUGUGUUAAUUUUGUGUGAAAUACUACUUCGCACCUGCUUUCUACUCUUCUCUAUCCCUCCCUCUCUCUCCUUCUUUCUAUCCUGUCAUCUUUUUAUCUCUCAUGCUCUCUCUCUCCUCUUCCCUCCCCCACAGGCGUACUCUCAGGAUGCCUACCUGAGAGGAAAUGAGCCAUACACGGGAGGGGCGCAGCAUAUCCCCGACCCUCCCCCCCUCUGCUACCCCCGUGCCAAGCCCGCUUCCACAGCUCCUCUGCCACCCAACCACCAAAGCCCCCUGGACAACUGGCACUGCCGCCCCAGCCCUGUUAGCCUAGCCUCCCCCUUGGACAACCGCUCUGCCGCGGCUAACGUAACUCAGACCUCCGGCAGGCCCAGGGGUCCGGGAGAAAACGAGGAGGAUGGCGGCGGCCAUUUUGGCUCCUCUGCAGGACAAGAGGGAGAUUGGCAGCCAUCUUUGGGGCAGAACCGCGGGCGCUCGUCGUCGGCCGUCAGCGCACUGGACUUCCACUUUGCCAACCACAACGCCGCCAUUGCCUCUGCGACCCUGCCCCACAUGCCUGCCCGGAAGGGAAGUUUACCAGCUACGCGUGCCCACAGCGACGCCAUGUGCCACCAGGCGCUGUCGGACUGGUACUACAGCCAGGCAGAGGCGGCCGAGCGCAUGUCCCCUCGACACCGGAGCAUAUCCCAGGAUCGGUUAGCCGAGCUGGGGUUGGGCUUAGCGCUGGGGCCUGGUGGCGCUGGAGGUCCUGGGUCUACCUCUAUGUCCUCCAUGGCUCACAGAGACCGCGGCGUUUCCCAAGAAACUCUGCUACUCCACCACCAGGCAGCAGCCGCCUCCCACGAUUCCUAUUGGCUGGGAGUGUCUGGGCCAGGGAGCCGUUCGUGCUCGGAAAGCCUGCUGGCGGCGUACGCGUCGUACGAACGUAGCUACGGGCGCUCGCAGGAGACGCUAGCCCAAGCGGCUGCGCUGGUGUCGCCGUACCACGAGAGAGCCCCCGCCUGGCCGUCGCAGAGUGCCAAGGAGCAGGACAAGGACUUGGGAAACCACCACACGGUUACACCCACAACCGCAGCCACACUGGGUAAACUCCACACGCAUAGAGAUAUUUAGAUGGAUAGAUAAAUAGGUAGGAAGACAGACAGCCCUUUGCUGAAUAAUCUCCCCCAUCUCCCUAAAGUGUACACUUACUCACUCCCCUCGUGGAUUUAACAUACUACAUACACCACUAACAUGAUUUAAAAUCCAUGAGGGGGUUUAAGCAAGUGCACGCUUUUAGGAGGAGGGUAAGGAAUUGGAAUUCAGCCAGUACCUCUCCUGCUGUACUUAGCCUAUAUUAUGUCUACCUUUUCCCCACAGCCACAGCCCCCUCCAUUGGUCGGCAGACCCAGCAGCAGCAGGUGGCUGAGCCCCAGACCCAGAGCAGGAGGUUGGAGGAAGAGGAGCUGGUGGGCUACAAGAGUUACAGCCCCUCCUUCUGCCGCAAGGCCAGCCACCUCCUCCAACAGGCCCACUCCUUCAGAGAACCCACCUACAUUGGACCCCACCUCAACUGGGUACCCAGUGCCAAAACUAGCCCCUCGGACUGCGAGGGAGGCGGGAUAGGAGGGGGGAUGGUAGUUCCUCGUCCUUCCUCCACCCCGGCCAUCAUCCCUUCUUCGUCAGAGGAUGAGAGAGUGAGGCUGGGGGAGGAGACGUUGUCCCCACUCCCUCUGGGCCAGGAGGUGGUGCUGAGGCAGAAGCCCCCUACGGGGCGUCGGAUCCCCAUGCACGCCCUCCUUCACCCCCACUACGCCCUCCCCGUGGAUUCGGCCGAGCCCCCCGUCGGGCUGCUGCCCUCCCCCAGCACCCCCACUGCAGGGACACCCUCGCCCGUCUGUGGUGGUCCCAGAAUGGGGGACAGUCUACAGAGGCCCAACGGUAGCCUGCAACCCCACCACAGCACACCCGACUCCCUGGCCUCUAUUCCCUUUAUAGGUUAGUAGUUAGUACCCCACCCUACCCUCCAACUUCCGCCUUCCUCCCUUCCCUUUUCUUUAUGAAUAGUGGGGGGGGGGGCUUUAUACAUUUAUACCAGGGUUAAAUUCCAAUUCCAAUUUUCUUCAAUGCUUUUCAAUGAGAAUAACAAUGUAUUUAACCCCAACUGUGCUGUACACUGAGUAUACCAAACAUUAGGAACACCCUCCUAAUAUUGAGUUCCACACCCCCCACCCCCCCCACCCCCCACCCCCCUUUUGCCCUCAGAACAGACUAAAUUCGUCAGGGCAUGGACAAAUGCUUCCCACUGUUGUGUCAUGUUGGCUGGAUGUCCUUUGGGUGGUGGACCAUUCUUGAUACACACAGGAAACUGUUGAGCGUGAAAAACCCAGCAGUGGUUCUUGACACAAACCAGUGUGCCUGGCACCUACUACCAUACCCUGUUCAAAGGCACUUAAAUUUGUUGUCUUGCCCAAUCACUCUCUGAAUGGGACACAUAAACAAUCCAUGUCUCAAUUGUCUCAAGGCUUAAGAAACCUUCUUUAACCUGUUUCCUCCCCUUCACCUUCACUGAUUGAAGUGGAUUUAGCAAAUUACAUGAAUAAGGAUCAUAGCUUUCACCUGGAUUCACCUGGUCAGUCUAUGUCAUGGAAAGAGCAAGUGUUCUUAAUGUUUUGUAUACUCAGUGUACACUCAUAUACUGUACUAAGUUAUAUGUUACUGUUGAAGUCGGAAGUUUACAUACACCUUAGCCAAAUACAUUUAAACUCAGUUUUUCACAAUUCCUGACAUUUAAUCCUAGUAAAAAUUACCUGUCUUAGGUCAGUUAGGAUCACCACUUUAUUUUAAGAAUGUGAAAUGUCAGAAUAAUAGUAGAGAGAAUGAUUUAUGGGUCCCGUGUAGCUCAGUUGGUAGAGCAUGGCGCUUGCAACGCCAGGGUUGUGGGUUCGAUUCCCACGGGGGGCCAGUAUGAAAAGAAAAUGUAUGCACUCACUAACUGUAAGUCGCUCUGGAUAAGAGCGUCUGCUAAAAUGUAAAUGUAUUUCUGCUUUUAUUUCUUUCAUCACAUUCCCAGUGGGUCAGAAGUUUACAGUGAGGGAAAAAGUAUUUGAUCCCCUACUGAUUUUGUACGUUUGCCCACUGACAAAGACAUGAUCAGUCUAUAAUUUUAAUUGUAGGUUUAUUUGAACAGUGAGAGACAGAAUAACAACAACAAAAUCCAGAAAAACAUGUCGAAAAUGUUAUAAAUUGAUUUGCAUUUUAAUGAGGGAAAUAAGUAUUUGACCCCUCUGCAAAACAUGACUUAGUACUUGGUGGCAAAACCCUUGUUGGCAAUCACAGAGGUCAGACGUUUCUUGUAGUUGGCCACCAGGUUUGCACACAUCUCAGAAGGGAUUUUGUUCCACUCCUCUUUGCAGAUCUUCUCCAAGUCACUAUGGUUUCGAGGCUGACGUUUGGCAACUCGAACCUUCAGCUCCCUCCACAGAUUUUCUAUGAGAUUAAGGUCUGGAGACUGGCUAGGCCACUCCAGGACCUUAAUGUGCUUCUUCUUGAGCCACUCCUUUGUUGCCUUGGCUGUGUGUUUUGGGUCAUUGUCGUGCUGGAAUACCCAUCCACGACCCAUUUUCAAUGCCCUGGCUGAGGGAAGGAGGUUCUCACCCAAGAUUUGACGGUACAUGGCCCCGUCCAUCAUCCCCUUGAUGGGGAAGUUGUCCUGUCCCCUUAGCAGAAAAACACCCCCAAAGCAUAAUGUUUCCACCUCCAUGUUUGACGUGGGGAUGGUGUUCUUGGGGUCAUAGGCAGCAUUCCUCCUCCUCCAAACACGGUGAGUUGAGUUGAUGCCAAAGAGCUCCAUUUUGGUCUCAUCUGACCACAACACUUUCACCCAGUUCUCCUCUGAAUCAUUCAGAUGUUCAUUGGCAAACUUCAGACGGGCCUGUAUAUGUGCUUUCUUGAGCAGGGGGACCUUGCGGGCGCUGCAGGAUUUCAGUCCUUCACGGCGUUGUGUGUUACCAAUUGUUUUCUUGGUGACUAUGGUCCCAGCUGCCUUGAGAUCAUUGACAAGAUCCUCCUGUGUAGUUCUGGGCUGAUUCCUCACCGUUCUCAUGAUCAUUGCAACUCCAAUGAUGAGUUGCAAUGGUGAGAUCUUGCAUGGAGCCCCAGGACGAGGGAGAUUGACAGUUAUUUUGUGUUUCUUCCAUUUGCGAAUAAUCGCACCAACUGUUGUCACCAUCUCACCAAGCUGCUUGGCGAUGGUCUUGUAGCCCAUUCCAGCCUUGUGUAGGUCUACAAUCUUGUCCCUGACAUCCUUGGAGAGCUCUUUGGUCUUGGCCAUGGUGGAGAGUUUGGAAUCUGAUUGAUUGAUUGCUUCUGUGGACAGGUCUUUUAUACAGGUAACAAGCUGAGAUUAGGAGCACUCCCUUUAAGAGUGUGAUCCUAAUCUCAGCUCGUUACCUGUAUAAAAGACACCUGGGAGCCAGAAAUCUUUCUGAUUGAGAGGGGGUCAAAUACUUAUUUCCCUCAUUAAAAUGCAAAUCAAUUUAUAACAUUUUUGACAUGCGUUUUUCUGGAUUUUUUUGUUGUUAUUCUGUCUCUCACUGUUCAAAUAAACCUACCAUUAAAAUUAUAGUCUGAUCAUUUCGUUGUCAGUGGGCAAACGUACAAAAUCAGCAGGGGAUCAAAUACUUUUUUCCCUCACUCAAUUAGUAUUUGGUAGCAUUGCCUUUAAAUUGUUUAACUUGGGUCAAACGUUUCGGGUAGCCUUCCACAAGCUUCCCACAAUAAAUUGGGUGAAUUUUGGCCCUUUCAUCCUGACAGAGCUGGUGUAACUGAGUCAGGUUUGUAGGCCUCCUUGCUCGCACACACCUUUUCAGUUCUGCCCACAAAUGUUCUAUAGGAUUGAGGUCAGGGCUUUGUGAUGGCCACUCCAAUACCUUGACUUUGUUGUCCUUAAGCCAAAUUUGUGGAGUGGUUGAAAAACAAGUUUUAAUGACUCCAACCUAAGUGUAUGUAAACUUCCGACUUCAACUGUAUAUGUGUAUAACUGAGUAAAUGUCCUUGUAACUUGAAACUGUUAGUGUAGUGUAUGUGUGUAAGUGUUCUGUGUCCAGAGAAAUAUAUAUUUUUACACACAUAUUACCUACAGUGUGCUUGUAUAGUAACACCUAUGUAUGUCUCUGGGGAGUGUGUCUGUAACAUGAAUCUGUCUAUCCAUUGGUGUAACUCACUAGUACAUUUUGACUCUCCCAUAGAAAUAUGCUAUUUUAUAUGGGAAAUAAUACUUAUAUUUCUAUUAUGACUCUCUUCCUCGUUGACCCCUAACCUCUGACCUCUAACCCCUGACCCCUCACAGAUGACCCCAUCAGCCCUAGCGCUGACCUACGUGCCCGCCACGUACCCGCCUGCUCCGUGGUGUCCUCCUCCAGUGCCCUGUGCCCUCUUGUGCCCUCUUUGCCCUGUGCCCUCACCUCUAGUACCACUACUGUCUCCCCUGUCACCCUCUCCUCCUCCACCUCCCCCCUCGUCAAGCUCCGCUCCCAGGACUGCAGUGAGUGUCCCCCAUUCUCCUCACCUCUCCUCGCCAUACCUCCAUCACUUCCUUUAGAACGAUUUCCCCCGUUUUGAUAUGUAGACCUGUUUUCAUUUCUACAACGACUGCUGUCGAUAUCCCCAGUCAGUCGAUACAGGUUCACAUGUCAAAACAAGGAAAAUUGUACUUAAACCUCAAACCCCCUUCAACUGCCCUCCAUCCCCCCCUCCAUCUCCAGGCUCAAUGUGUUCUGUGUUUGCUUCUUUCUGACAUGUCUAGAAUGCCUUCCAUUUUGAGCUAUCUCACUUCACUGUGUUCUUUUUGCAUGUCUUCAGUUCCCUCCCUACUGAUUUCUCUCUCUCUCAUCAUGUCUCUCUCUUUCUUUCUGAGAAGGCAGUAUCAAAAGCCGCCGUUCCUCCUACCUGCUGGCCAUUACCACAGAGCGCUCCAAGUCAUGUGACGAGGGCCUCAACACCUUCCGGGAGGAAGGCCGUGUCUUCUCGUGAGUUUGGCCACUGGUUGUCUGAAGACUAAAUACUGUAGAAGACUAUAUGUAGAGGUCAAAAAGGUCAGGUCAGUCAAUUUUUUCUGUGCAGUCAGUCAUGCAUCAUUCUCAAAUAUCUUUCCACAGGAGACUACCAAAAAGGGUGAAGAGCUUUUUCACUGAUGGAGUGAGUAUUAUCUCUUUGCUGUUUAAUCUCUUAUUUGAUCAUUAGUUUUAUUUUGUCUGCAUCAGCUUUGUACCAAUCACAUUAGAACUGCACGUGAUUGUGUGAUCUAAUUGGCUCUGAGCUGUGGUUGUGUGGUGUGAUUGGCUGUGUAUUCCAGUCUCUGGAGAGUCUGCGUGCUGCAGAGGAGGCGCGGUCGAAACGUCACUCCACCUCCGAGCUGGGGACCAUCACCUUCAGUGACGUACGCAAGGACGGCUGGCUUCACUACAAACAGAUCCUCACGGAGAAGGGCAAAGUAAUACACACACACGUUUGUUUUACUAUCCUUGUGGGGACCAAACAAUUAAUUCCCAUUCAAUUAAUUAAAGUCCCAUGAUGGUAGUGACUGCCUAUUACCACUUAUCACUUAUUAACCAUCAUUUAUUCACAUUACUUUACCUUAAUCAAAUAUUUCAGUUGUUGUGUAUAUUACAUUCGUUUUAUUUGAUGACUUUAUUAUUUCAUUCCAAGUCUCAUCUCUAUAGAGCUGCUGCCUAUGCGGUCUGACAAAAUCAUUAUUUUAGUAGUUCUUCAAAGUAAAUAUGGCAUACUUUUAUGACUGCUAUCAAUCACUAAGAUCAUGUGUUUUUAGGUAGAGAUAUUGUACCUCGCGAAGCAGCUGCUCUCUAUCCCUCUCGAUCACGCAUGCUUCUGUCUCUUCUCUCUCUCUCUCCGUGUCUGCCCUACACUAACCUAAUGUAGCAGGCGUAAAAGAAACACACAGACCGGACAAGUAGGCGCGCAAUGGAUUAUGGUCAUUGUGCUUAAUUACCAUGUUUUCUGCGCUAAACUAUGUAGAAUAUUGAGCUCACAGAAAAAACCUGAAAGAAAUAUAAUUUAACUGACCUCUCUCUCUCUCUCUCUCUCUCUCUCUCUCUCACUCCACCAACCACAGAAGGUGGGCGGCGGCAUGCGUCCAUGGAAGCGCGUCUUCUCCGUGCUGCGCUCCUACCGCCUCUUGCUCUACAAAGACAAGCGGGAGGCGGUCCUCCAUGGGGCAGGGGCGGGACCUGGCCACGGGGAGGAUGAGCACCCUCCAAUCAGCAUCCGCGGCUGCUUGAUUGACAUCGCCUAUAGCGAAACCAAGCGUAAGCACGCUCUGAGGCUGACCACUCAGGACUUCUGUGAGUACCUGUUGCAGGCGGAGGACAGAGAAGACAUGCUGGGAUGGAUCCGGGUCAUCAGAGAGAACAGCAAGACAGACAACGAGGUAGGUGAUAAUAAUAAACUGAGGAAGAGUGCCUCAUAGAGAUACAAUAUAAUACGUAUAUUGUGUUCUGUUUGAUUCUGUGGAGGGCCCACUCUCCAGUCUUUCCCAAUGUUUUAGGGCCCCCAAAGCAACAUUCAGGUCGUCUGGUAUCAAAUUGACAACUGAAACCAAUAGAAACAAAAUUCUCCUAGAUGAGGGGGGAACAGAACUAGGCAGGAUAGCUUAUUUUUUGUAUGUAAACAACAUAAUAUGUAAUCAACAUAAUAUACAAAACUGUCUUUUGUGUGUGUUUCAGGAGCUGGGUUUUUCCAGACAAGCACUCAUCAACAAGAAGCUCAAUGACUACAGGAAACAAAGGUAAGCUACGCACCCCUAACCACACUCACUUAAUACUAAGCGUUUACACACUAAAUCCAUGUAAACUGCUUUACACUUUUCCCAAAUGUCAAUACCCUCUUACAAAUUUAAUUUUUCCCUUUCGGUUCCUGGCACAAAUGCUAGAGUAAAUCUUGCCGUCAUUACAUUUGUCGUUAUGUUCAUCGGCCUUUUGUUGUCUGCCAAUGCAAUAUUCUAGCCCUCGUUUUGUCUCCAUCCAGUCCAACAGGCAAUAAGCCAGACACCUCUCCCAGGGCCCAUCGCAUGAUGCCCCCCUUCCUCCUGGCCAAGACAGACAACGCUUUCAUGAACCGCUCCUCCAACAAAGGUGAGUGGCACACAUACCACAGUCCCAUGGCACAAGCAUGGCAUAAAGGUUCCUUGUAUCAGGGUAGUGUUCAUUAGGCACCAAACGGAAGAAAACAGACUGAAACCAGGAGGGUAACAAACACUGUUUUUCAUUUUCCACUACAAAAUGUUGGCUUAGUGCAUGAUUUUAGGACAGUACCAAGCCAUUGCAUUUUUUCAGGAGUUUGCUGUACUUAUAUUAAGGGCUGCUUUGUAAAUUGUCUGUCUUCUCUUUCUGUUUGUCUGUCUGUUGUAGACGAGAGCAAGGGUCCAUGGGGUAUCAUAAUGAAGAAAGCCAAGAAGACAGGCCCCAAGGUGUUUGGAGUGCGACUUGAGGACUGUCAACCUGCUGUUAACAACAAGGUUCGUCGAUUGUCGAUCAACUCUGUUCUUCGAUCACAUUUACAUAUUCCUUAUCUCUCUUCCCUUAUCUCAAUGUGAUAAUGGGGUAUGUCACCCCAUGACAUGCAAACGCCUCAAGACCUAGUGAAAAGCGCAAUAAUGCAUAAUCCAUUCAGCCAUUAUCCAUUGCUACUUUUAUCAUAUUAUCUGGUAAUGUGUUGCUAUACCUUUCUCACUCUCUUGAGAAUUUGUCUAUGAAACAAAAAUGUAUUAAUUACUAACAUCCUUCUCUCUCUCUCUCUCUCUCUCUCUCGCUCCUUCUUUCUCUCUCUCUCUCUCUCUCUCUCUCUCUCUCUCUCUCUCUCUCUCUCUCUCUCUCUCUCUCUCUCUCUCUCUCUCUCUCUCUCUCUCUCUCUCUCUCUCUCUCUCUCUCUCUCUCUCUCUCUCUCUCUCCCCCUCCAUCUACUCUCUCUUUCUCCCCCAGUUUGUCCCUCUGAUCGUGGAGCUGUGCUGUGGGCUGGUGGAGAGCAUGGGUCUGGAGUACACUGGCGUCUACAGG